CACAAAACGACACCGGUUUCCGUUUUGAAUUCACCGCGGGAAUUUGGAGUGCCUCUUAGCAUACAUUAAAGUACGCACAGGAUAAGAGAGGAGUCCGUGGCGGCAUUGCAUAUCUUACAGUACAAGGAUAUGUCAGAUAUUAUCCGGCAGCACACCACCUUCUACCACAAGCGCUAACUGAGCUGUAGGCAGACAAGGCUGCCACCAGCAUCCUAUUUUCAUUCCUAUUCAAAGACUCAGCCAUACCAAACGCGAUGUCCAAACCCCUUAUCCCUCAAUCCAAGAUACACAGCGGUUCCUGGAAAAUGGAGUCUCUAAUGUCUGAACCCCUGAUGAAGAAAGCCUCGACCCUUCCAACGAAGUUCAUGGAGACGAAAGCCGUCAAUCUUCACGAGGCGUAUAGAAAUACGAGUUCUCACUACGAUCAAAAAAAGAAGGAAUACAUACUUUCAAGGAAGGAGGAUGAUGUCGUUGAGUAAGUGGCCAUAUUGGGGAUUGUCAAGUCGUAAUCUUAUAGAAUACUGACUCUAGUAGCAUCGAAACUGUAGCAAGAGAAAAGGAAGCUGAAAGACAAACGGCCCACUUCAGAACUAUUAUCGUGGCUUUUUCUGAAGCGAACUCGUUGCCCAAGAAUCUCAAAGGCUUUGCUAUCCGAGGGGCCCAUGACUGGGACGAAGUAGGUGACUGGUACUUUCCUAACUUGAAAUUUUCAGUAUCGAAAGGGUGAAAGCUUACUCUCCCAUUCUGUAGGUAUUAGAAACAGUAGAUUCAGCCAAAGAGGCGUACGGAAAUAAAGCCAAAGGUAAAAAAGGAAUCCAUAUAAGAGCCGGCAGAGGCAUGAGUAACAAAGCCAACGACCUCUCUCCGUGGCUGGAGCUUCUUCCUAAUGGUGAUUACUCAUCAAUGAUUUGUGGUGGGUUGAAAUUUGUGUUUGGUGUAAGUCUGACAGGAAGAAAAUUGAGCGUAAACUAACCAAAGUAUAGGCUGCCGCAGCUCAGGCAAAUGUGAGAAACAAGAUAAUGGAAGCAAUUGAAACUCUGCCCGAAGAAAUCGAAGAAGCGAAUGACACACUCGAGCGGUUCCGAAGAGUAGGUGACUACAAGGCAGACUAG